GAUUGAAAAAUGAGAAAAUGUUAUGAAUAUCACAUUGGAUGUUGGAUAACUUGUGUGCACACCAAUACGAAAUAAGAUGCUCUUCACAGCCUGGCCUUUGUUGCUGCUGCUCACUUGUUAUGCCUUCAGUGUAGUCAAUCAUUAGGUAAACACAAUGAGGCUUCUAUCUCCGGUAUUUUAAGAGGCGCCCCAACGGUGCGAGGUCCAACACUGAAAUAUAAUCAAACCUGUUGUUCUCUGAGAGAACAAUGGCUCCGUAUGAACACAGUUCAGUUUCUAUGGUUUCAAAUUUAAAGUCCUCUCAGUAUUCAGGAUGUUUAUUUGUGUGAUUUUUUUUAUUCACCUAGAGAACAUUUCGUUCAAAACAGUAGGAAGGAACAAAAGUAAAUGCUUAACUACCCACAAGUCUCACAUGCUCUUAGGUUAUUACUUGUGGCCUAGAACCUCCUGGACAGUUUUCCUGUGACUAAGGAUACUUUUGAGGACACAUUUCAGACUCAGUCAGUUAAUUUGAGGCCGCUGGUGCAAUUUGGGACAAAAGACGUGUCCCCGUCUUGGAAAAACAGCUGAUUUUUUGGGGUCAGAGUUUAAGAUUAGAGUUAUCCGAAGUUCAUGCUUAAGGUUAUGCAAGUGAUGGUUAGGAUUAGGGUUAUGGUAAAUCUCCAGGAAGUGAAAUUAAGGCUAUUAAAUGUCCCCUAAAGUACAAUGUGAGAGUGUGUAAAUGUAGAACUGAGUGUCAAGCGAUCUUAGAAUUUGGCUGGUUAUUACUGCAUAAACUGCCACAAUCUCUUUGGGUUUGCGGCCCAUCUGGUAGAAAUGCUCUGUCAUCAUCGGCCCCUCUUCUCUGAAAUGUCCCGCAGAGCCGUGAAAAAUGUUCAAAGUUAGUGGUUUAUAACAGUUGCUCUCAGCUCGGGUGGUUUCUGUAAAUGUUUAAUUUCCUCUCUCGCUCUCCUUUCCUGAGGGGCGGUGCGCAGCUUAACAAAUAGACUGCUGUGCUUUGCCCUCCAGAGGAGAGCGUCAAACAGGUGAAGCUGAACACUGCUCUCAUUAGUUACAGAUGCAGUCACCUGCCACUCACCAGAGACUGAUGCCAGAAAAGUUUCCACAGCUUUUUCUGCCCGCAGACACUUGAGGAAUGGCUCAGACGUAAGCUCGGUGGAAUUUACUGUACUGCUGGGGACCAUGCAGAUAUAACAGGAGGAAUCCAGCCUCAUCUGUAUCUGUUUUGAGUGCUUCUUUUUUUGAGCGUCUGUCCGAGGGGAGUGAAUCAUGGCCAGCAUGGCGGUUCAGCUCCUCGGCUUCUUCUUGGGGCUGCUGGGGUUUGCGGGAACUGUCGUUGCGACUCUGCUCCCCCACUGGCGCAGCACAGCCUACGUUGGCUCCAACAUCAUCACGGCCACCUCCUACAUGAAAGGCCUGUGGAUGGAGUGUGUGUGGCACAGCACCGGCAUUUAUCAGUGUGAGGUGUACAGAUCUCUGCUGGCACUCCCGCGUGACCUGCAGGCUGCCCGGGCGCUCAUGGUGCUCUCCUGCGUCACCUCGGUCCUGGCGUGUGUGGUGUCCGUGAUGGGGAUGAAGUGUACCCGCUUCGCCCGAGGCUCGCUGGUCAAGUCCCCGCUGGCCUUAAGUGGGGCGAUUGGUUUCCUCUGUGCUGGCCUGCUCUGCCUGGUCACCGUGUCCUGGACCACUAACGACGUUAUCUUGGAUUUCUACGACCCUUUCCUCCCCAGCGGGAUGAAAUACGAGAUUGGCCUGGCAGUGUAUCUCGGUUACGCCUCGGCCUGCCUCAGCCUGACCGGAGGCCUGGUGCUGUGCUGGAGCAGCGGUGUCGACAGGUCCCGGAGCCCCCUCCGUCUGCCGAGGAAUCAGCCAUCAUCACCUCCCCCCGCAUUCAACCACAUUUACCCUCCUGCUCCUCUCUACAAGCCCCCCGAUGCCCUGAAGGAUAAUCGUGCUCCCUCGCUCUGCUCCCUCGCCAGCAGUGGCUACAGGCUCAAUAACUACGUCUAAGACUGCACAGGGAAUGUUUGAGCAGAAAACAGACUGCAAUUUUUUUAUAUCUUUACAGGAUCUUUUGCAUCUUCUACACCCAUGAAAUAAGUAUUAAAAAAGGAAAACAGAGAACUAUAUUGUAUAAUGUAUUUAACAUUAUUAUAACUAACCAAAAACCAGCUAUCACAAUUUAACUUCAACAUAUCUGAGAGCCAAACAAACUCUGAACUGUGUGAGAGAACAGAGGACUGACACAUGUUGACCUGCUGCUGUGUACCUGUAGGACCAGAAGGUGGCGGUAUUUUACAGCAAAAGAGACGACAUAUCACAUUUGCCGUGCUGUGCUGCAACACUCAUGUUAAUGGAUAAUUGCAAUUGCUCUGUCACUUGUUGUUGUAGCCGACUUUCUGGUUUGGAUUAACACUUUCUUGUUUUGAAAGCCAGUUCAGUUAUUAAGUGUUUUUUGUUGUUUUUUAAAGAAAUGAAUGAUAUUGUUGCAGUAUUUAAUGCCAAAGAACGUAAAAAGCAAUGAAUGUCAGUUUCUAAUGAUUUACACAUAAAGAAGUUUUAUUAUAAA